AUGGCCCUGCUCUUGGAUAGUGAGGCUCAAUUCGACUUGAGGAUCGCAGAGUGCAAGGUGCCGGACACUUUGAGAGAUGCUUUGAAAGGAAACGGAAUAGACACUCUUGCCACCUUGUCUUACAGUUUCGGACAGCCGGAACAAGCGAUCGACCAUGACGCCUUCGCACAGUGGGUCAGGACCCUAGACCCUCGGGCCACGAUGGGGGCGGUUGCAAGCCUGCGCAGGUUGACCUUUGAGAGUCAAACACAGCUGUUGGCCAUCCUCAAAGAGCAGGUGCAUGAGUUAACUUCAUUGAAGACACCUGAUCGUAUUCUUGACAUCGAAGCGAACAAGAUCGUGGUCAAGGACAAGGAGGAUAAACUCGAGGUGCCGGCUCACACAUCCUUGCAAGUUCUUGAGGCAUUGAAACGUCGAGGCAUUGCUCUUGAUUUUGGGGAUUGCGUGGGUUUCAUCGAGCGCGAAAGGUAUGUUCAGACACUUUUUGAGCACUUGCACCGGGAGCCACCUCAGGGUUAUCAGAGAUGCACGAUUGCGCAAUGCCGACAAGGAAGCUUGGAGGAAGGUCAUUGA